UCGCCUCUGCCUAAAAAAAGGGGGCGAAGCUGCUGAGCCUUAUUUCCUUCCCGGCCGGACACACAAGUCAGCUGCCCCUCGGGAAUUCACACUUCACCCGUCAUCUUCGCCCUUCAAGCCGGUCAAGACGCGUCGUUAUUACCAUCUCCUGCCUGACAGACACCGCCGCCGCACAAACCGAGCUGAUUCGAGCUCGCCAAGAUCUUCCUAAACUAGUCUCUGCUUAAACCCUCCCCCGUUUAUUUGCGCGUGCACCCUUGUUACGCCGUCAGCACGAUGGACGACCUCGACAAGGCCAUUCAGGCAGCCAGGCUGAGGGUCGACACAACGCCAGAAGACUAUGCAGAUCGAGCACAACAAUUGGGUCAUCUUGGAAUGCUCCUCGCUGAUCGGCAUUAUUACGAGACGGAGUCAAUGGCGGACCUCGACGAUGCCAUUCAAUUCCAAAGGCAAUCCAUCAAUUUAACUCAAAAGGACCUCCGCCAGCCGAAGGAUUUGAGUGACUUGGGAGGCCUACUCUUUCACCGGUAUCAAAUCACCGGGGAACUCGCCAAACUCGAUGAAGCGAUUCGAUUGGAAACAGGCAUUCUCAGCGACACCCUUGACGGUAUAGAACAAGCUAUGUAUUGGAACGGACUGGGAAUUCUCUUCUACGCUCGGUAUAGAGGGAUACGCGCGAGGGCAGACAUUGAAUAAAAUACUCUAGCUAGAGAUAAGGUGGUCGACACAACUGCUGGCCAUCUAGAUCAAGCGACACUCAGGGCCCAAUCGAUGGCAAACCUGGAGGAAGCCGUUCGAAUGUCCAGGCGAGCGGUCGCAACACGUC